CCUGCCCUGCUUUCCUGGAAAGUUCUUGGAAAUCUAUCAAAGGUAUUUCCUUGAACGCAGAGAGCGACAGCAGCCGAUGCCGAUUAAAACUGAAAACAAGCAACAACUUUUUUCUCUCGCAGCAGGAUCCCCGCGAGGAAUAGACUGGUUUAUUUGGACUCACUCCUUUUCCUGCUGGGGGAUUGAUUUUUUGGGGUGGUGGUAUAAUUUUCAUCCCAGCAGAACAAGCCUGAAAUCGAGAUAUCUGCUACGGACACAUCUAUUUAUACUUUUCAUUUUGGUGAAUGUCGGAACAGUGAUGUGAAUACAAUACAAUUCCAGGAAUCCACCACUUCCUGGAAUAGAUUAAAAGGGAGCAAACAAAAGAUUACUUAGUAGUGCUUCCCCUCCCUUCGCUCCCCGAGCGCCGCAUUACUUCAAGAGUCAGCGCCGAGGCUAGCUGCUACUCUUUCUCCGCUCUCCGUUUCCAUACGUUUAGGCGGAGAGAGAUUAUUUAUUGAGAGAGAUAUUUAUUAUUUUUCCAUUCCCGUUUUUACUGGCGAUUUUAAACGCCACCGGGAAGGCGAUUUCUUUCCUCCUUAAAUAUAUGUGCAUGUUACUCUGGUAAUUUAAAAGCAAUUAUUUUUAGUACUCUCGUUUACAGCAAGAGUUCGUUGGAGAAGAGCUAAGGUCACGCACAUUUUUCUCCCCGUAGCUUGCUGAGUAACGACUUUCUGGAUACCUCAAGUUGUUUUCUGUGAGUGGAUCUCCAAGGUGCUUUUGAGAAGGCUGGUUAGGAUAAAUUCAGCCUUCUUUUUCUAGUGACUCUCCAACCGAUUGUCGUACCCCCGUUUGGGAACAAAGGCGGACAAAGAGAAGAUAACCAAAAGUGGGAGAGCUUUUUCCCAGUUUCCCGAAGACUUGAUGCUCUUUCCUUGGUCCUGGAGUGACAUGAUCCUCUGUGUUCACGGAUCCCAUCCUUUGCUGGCAGAGGAGAAGCUCAGGAGGCUAUCGCUUGGGGGCCUUGCAGUGAAUUUGUCAGAGCAGGUCAUGCAGCCUCUCUCAGUCACACCCUUCCAAGAAGAGUCGGCUUCUCCCUUCGCGGCACCCACGCCUGAGAGCAACCCGCCUCAAACACGAGACCCAGAAGAGGAUCUGCUGUGCAUUGCCAAAACAUUUUCAUAUCUGCGGGAAUCAGGCUGGUACUGGGGUUCUAUCACAGCCAGUGAAGCCAAGCAGCAGCUCCAGAAGACCCCCGAGGGGACAUUCCUGGUACGGGACAGCACUCACCCAAGCUACCUGUUCACACUCUCCGUCAAGACCAACAGAGGCCCCACCAAUGUGCGCAUUGAAUAUGCUGACAGCAAGUUCCGGUUAGACUCAAAUUGCCUCUCCAAACCUCGUAUUAUGGCCUUCCCGGACGUGGUCAGCCUUAUCCAGCAUUACGUUCUUUCUUGCACUGUGGAGAGCAAGAGUGAUGCCCCUUACCCACCCCCCAUGCCUUCACCUCCCAUCCAAAAGGAGAUGGCAGCGUCAGCAGUCCAUUUGAAACUGAUCCAGCCGCACAGCCGCAAGGAUUGUGCUCCCAGCCUGCAGCACCUCUGCCGGCUACAGAUCAACAGAUCCACUGCAGAGACAGACCAGUUGCCUCUACCAAAGAGAAUGAAGGACUAUUUGAAGCAGUACCCUUUCCAGCUUUGAGGGCACCGCCUGUUUGUCUCGGAGGGACAUGCUAGAAGUGACAUUAUAAAAAUCCAAAUGGGACAGCGAUGUGGCUUUGACCCACUGACGUGGCAUGGUACUCAGUGGGCACAGUACAUAAAUGGCCAUCAGAACAGGUUGUAAGCCUUUUUGCCCUCCCUUAUUUCCCCCAGCUACCCUGAUUCCAUUCCUAUGCCAUGGAGGAGGCUGCUUGUACCAAUGGCGUAUGUGUGGUACACAAUUCCAGUGCCCAAACCUCAGGGCUUCUCUCUCUUUCACUGACUGUGGCUUUGAGGAAACACUCUUGGCUUGUGCGCACUACUUGAAUUUCGGAGUGGACAUCACACCGGAAAUGUUCAAGCAUUGUUACUGUCAUUUAUUUAUAUCCAUGGUAGUUUUUACUCUUUUUUUCACCACCUCUGACUAUCAUUUAGACUGUUUUUACUUCUUUUUCCUUUUGCAACAAAUGACUUGAGAUGGGUUCAGUUUUUAUCUCCUUGAGGUAGCCCUCAAUUCUUGGGGGAGUUUGAAUAUAGACUUCAGUUACGUUUUAUGCCAAUUCCCUGCUCCAUAAUCUCAGAUGGUGUAUCCCAGCCUUCCCCAAUCUGGUGUUGGGCAUACAAGUCCCAUCAUCCUUGGCCAACAUGACUAAUACUGGCUAAAGAUGAGCGGGGCUGUGGUUCAAGCCAUCUUGGGAGCGCUAGGUUGAGGGAGGCUGGAUAUGGUAUGAAUAUGUCGGAAGUGUGUGAAACUUUGACUCCUGUCACAAUCAACAUUGAGACUUCAGGUUCCUUUCUUAUGGCACACAGAAUGCUUCCUUUCCUCCCAAGGAGGGUCUUUUUCUCCCCUUCCAUCUUCCCCUCUUUGAAGAGGACACUCCCAUUAUGAACCAGCCAAUUAGAUCCAAAUGAUUUGUUUUUAAAAGUACAACAGCGGAGGAUCCUGGGUACCUGUCAUAGGAGGCUUAAGCCAUUUGCCUUUGAGGGGUGUUCAUUCCCCAACCUUAGAAUAAAGCUGGCUCCUACUGAGCUGCAGUACCAGCAAACUUAUAUUUAUAUUCCUUUGGUGAAGGAACUUGGCAGAAAACAGGCCAACUUUCUCCCAUCAGCAUGAUAGUGUCAACCCAUCAGUUGAACAUUAAAUCAUUGUUUCACUGGUCUGUUAGUGCCAUGUGGUCUCAGAGAGAAAGGAAUACUGCUGCACUAUUCACCAUCUCAUCUGCUAGUGGAAGCUUGACUCAUAGUCUAAAAGCAAUAUCACUUCUUGAAUCUCAUACUAGAAUCAUAAUUUUUUAAAAAACUUCCUUAGGGUGCGGUCCUAUGCAUGGUUAGACUGAAAGGAAGUCCUACAACUCCCAGCAUGCUGGAAGUUGUAGGACUGUUUUGCACCCUUAAUGUCCUUUUAGGCUUCCCUAAGGUUCAUCUGUGGACACUUAUUAACUUUGAUUCUGUUCCUUGUAUAGAGAGCAAAGAAAGAAAGAAUUAAGUGCCAUCUUUUCUUCCAUCUUUUCUGUACACCAUUUAUAUGCAGCCCUAAUGUGCCUUGUAUUUGCUAGAUACAAGACACCAGAGCUGGUCAUGGGAUGGUAAGGAAAAUCCAUUGGCAUUAAUGCUGCCUUCCACUCCUCCUUCAGACUCAUGACAAGUCCUCUGAAGGGGGAAAAUUCAUAUGGUCAAAGGAGAAGGUUGUCCUCCAUCAUAUGUCUAAAUCUUCAGGAUAGUUAUGGAUACACGCCUUUUCAGAGGCCUAGGGUUGCAUGUGAGAGUGAUACUUCUGCUUUGUCAGAGGGUGAGGUGCAGGAAGUGAUAGGAACAGCCUCUCCAACCUGAGGCUCUCCAGAUAUGUUUGACUACAAAUCCCAUCGUGAGUGGUUGGGGAAGGCUGAGCAAGACUAUAAGAUAAUAAAAGAAACAAGGAACAAUCUGCUCCCAUCAACAAUCCAAGAUGACAUGGUAUAUUUAAUCAAUGUCCAUUUCUUUUCAUAUUUCCAUCCAACCUGGAUUUUGUUGUAUUUCUGGUUUUAUUUUGGAUACUUUGAUAAUUGACAAAGAAUGUGUGCAUGUGUGAUGUCUGGUUCUCUUGAUCACUGAGCUCUCUGCUUUCCUUGUGCACUAUGGCAGGUGCUGGAGCAAGGGCAAAUGAAUGAGAAAAGAAAAUAUAUUAAAAACAGAAUACAAUAAAUGAUAUUUUUAAAUAUAAAAA